AUGUCCUCCGACUCGAAGAGUGUUCAGUGCUACGGCCGCAAGGCAAGUCUCUUUUGGCAACGGAAAGACGAACGGCAGGAGAGACAAGAGCAGUUUGAAGGCAGUUUGAAGGCACGCGACACGAGACCACACGACACUCUUGAACAGCACAGUGCAGCUGCACCGUUUUGGACAAAAACCGCCACUGCCGUUGCUCACUGCAAGGCCGGCAAGGGUCUUAUCCGCCUUAACGGAUCCCCCAUUGAGCUCGUUGAGCCCGAUGUCUUGAAGUUCAAGGUCUACGAGCCCAUCCUCCGCGUCGGCUCUGACAAGUUCGCCAACGUCGACAUCCGCAUCCGCGUCAAGGGUGGUGGACACACUUCCCAGAUCUACGCUGUCCGUCAGGCUCUUGCCAAGGCCAUCGUUGCCUACUACCAGAAGUACGUCGAUGAGGCCUCCAAGAACGAGCUCAAGCAGAUCUUCCUCCAGUACGACCGUACCCUCCUCGUCGCCGAUCCCCGUCGCUGCGAGCCCAAGAAGUUCGGUGGUGCUGGUGCCCGUGCCAGAUACCAGAAGUCUUACCGUUAA